AUGUUGUUGCAGGAGCUUUCUCUGAACAUUGUCCCUUCAGAUCCAAGUGGCCGUGCAGGGAUUCUGGCAAGCAGGACAAUGAAACUGCUUAUCCACAUUGGUGUCAGAAAAAUCCUAUUUACCCUGAUUCCUGAAGUAUCUAUCUCCAAUAACAUCAACUCUUUACUCGUGAGUGGUGACAAAUAUAGUGUUGGGAGAGCUGUAGAUGAUAAAAUCCUGAGUUUGCCGGGUCAACCAAGAGUCAGUUUCCAGCAAUAUGCCGGAUAUGUAACCGUUGACGAAAAUCAAGACCGAGCUCUUUUUUAUUACUUUGUUGAAGCAGAAUCAGACCCAGCUUCAAAGCCCCUUGUUCUCUGGCUAAAUGGGGGGCCUGGCUGUUCUUCUGUUGGAGCAGGAGCUUUCGGUGAGAAUGGCCCUUUCAGACCAAGUGGUGGAGGGAGUCUUGUUAGAAAUGAUUAUAGUUGGAACAAAGGUUGUCCCACAUGA